UCCCUGCCCACACUCGCCCUGCAAGUCACCUCCCUCGUCAACUCAUACAUGCUCUGGAUCGGGACGACGAGGGGAGAGGAAAGUAAGAAGGCGGAGGAGGCGGUGAUGGGGGGAUGUGUGGCGAGGGAUUGGGCGUGUGCGAUGCCGCCUUUGGGGGUACGUUCCUCGGGCACUUCGCUGUUAAGGAGUUCUAGCUCUGAUGUGGCGCUGGGUAUGGCGCAGCGGUUAGCCCGCCGCACAAAUAAACAAAUCUUCCUCUCCGUCGACGUCCCACCUACGUUCCUUUCUGGAGGAGGCGGACGGACGUUGUUGGAGGUGGAGAGGGCGGCGAUUGGGGUGUUGAGGGAGUUGGAGGGG